CCCGGACAGCGGCCCACAUAUGUUCAGUAGAUAGCAUUUAUUUCCUUGUACACUACAUUUAUUCAUAUGUACACAUUUAAAUAAAUUAGAUACUAUUUAUUAGCCAUUUAUUGGCCUUUUAUUGUAACUGGGCCAGCCAGGCCCAAGCCUGGAAGCCCAGCCCUCUUUUCUUCUAUAAAUACUCCCUAUGGGAGCCAUGUAAAGGGGGGAUUGAUUGAAUGGUUGAUUGGAAUUCAUUAUACAUAUUACUUUAUCUCUCUAGCUCUCCCUUCUCUCUAAGAUAAAUAAUCUAUCAUUUGGUGCUUUCAUUGAGAGCUAGAAUAUAUCAAGUGAGAUCCUCCCAACCAAAACAAAAGACGUGGUAUCACAUCCGCCCAAUUAGGAGCAAAAUGAAACCCAAAACACACUUUCAAAUGUGGGUGUUCAACAACAAGGAAUUUCAAGUAUUCCUUCGGCCAGAACUAAAGAAAGCAACAGAAGUAUACCAGCUGGUUAAUAUCCACUUGGCCUUACAGGUGGCAGCUUCCUAAACCACAAGUCAGCCCACCACUUGAAUAUGACGGCAAGGUCAACUUAAACUACGAAUAUUGGAUAGCUUCGGCCACAACAUCAAUCGUCAGAAAAGCUUCGCCUCGGCCAAACGCCUCGUCCUCUGUCUCCAAUAAAUAUUGGGACAGCUUCGGCCAUACGCUUCGUCCUCUAUCUCCAAUAUCGGCCUGAGUUGAGUAAAGGGCCCCAUAUCGUCCAAGCAAACCUUCGUCCAGUCAUAGCACCCCUCGUCCUGGGAAUAAGCAAGGCCCCUUGGACUAGGCAGGACCUUCGUCCAGCCGAAAAACCGGCGCCCAUCGGCCAAAGGAAGCUCUUCGGUCAAACCUGAACGUAAGGGAGGAAGGGGCCGUCGCCCCUCGUCCGUGAAUUAGGCAGUGGUGCUCCACAUUGGCCACAAUGCCCCAUCGGCCGGGCACCUCAUCGGUCAGCCUACCGCCAGGCGACUCCCUCUGCUAAGGCCCUGCAUCAGCAAGCGCCGCCUCUGCCAUUGAGGGGAGCUGAAGGAGGAACAUCAGUCAGGCCAGAACACUUCUGCUGGGAACGUCAUCAACCUGAAACAUCAUCGGCCAGUAUCGCAUCGGCCACAGUAGGGCCACCUCGGCCAGGGAGCUGCACCUCCUUCGUCCAGCGAGCAUCAGCCGACACCGCAUCGUCCGCACCGCACCGGUCAAAAAGAGGGACACCACAUCGGCCGCGCACCGCAUCGGCCGCGCACCGCAUCGGACGCGACAGGGCCACCUCGUCAAGCAACCGCGUCGGCCGGGCCGCAUCAGUCAAAACGGGGCCACCUCGUCAAGCAAUGCGCGCAUCGGCCGCACACAUCCGAUGUCACCCAUCGGCCAAACCUGAACAGAGGACUGAGCAAUCCACCUUCGGCCAGAAGCCUCGCAUCGGCCAGAAUAGGGUCACCUCUGCCAAGCGACCACCUCCGGCCAGAUAGGGUCCGAAUCGCCUCAGCCAGGUCAGGACCCUCCCCAUCGUCGUCUCUGGCCCCUCUCCGGCGCCCAAUCGCGGAUCCCUCGGCCACCAUCUGGUCUUCGCGACGGCCGGAGCAGCAAGGACCUCCUCGUCCACAAGGCUUUCCGGCGACGAAAGGGAACCACCUCGCCAUUCUGUUCCACGCUCCACUCCUUCGUAUGGACUUCUCCCCUGCGGAUGAAAUUGGCAAGUAGCGUGAUCUGGAACCAGCAUCUCAAUCAAAAGGGUGGACUAUCAUCAUAUGGGCCGGCUGUUUAAUCUGCAGGCCCAGUCUUACAUUUCCCUGCUUGAAUUCUAAGCAGGGCAGGCUUCGGCCCAAAUACAGGGACAGCUCGUUGCCGGAGGCGUAAACCUUAUCCGGAGCUUGACUACUCCGAUGGAUACACUUAUAAAGCUUGACACUGCAGUACUGCAGCAUCAAAAUCAAAAGCUUUCACAAAAGUUGGAAGUUCAGAAGAUUGAGAUUGCUGGACUUGAGGAUAAACUUACCAAACAAAGGGAAAAACAACAGCCAUAUGACAGUACUUUGGAAUUAGUCCAGAAAUCAUGGAACGAGGUGGUUGAUGAGCUGAAAACGCGUUCAAUUCGCUUAAAGGAUCUCUCAAUUGGCCUAGAGGCUUUGAUGGAUGGUAAAGAGCAUUUCAAUCAAGAAGGUGGUUAUUCACCUGCUGGCGGUGAAGCAUUAGUGAAUGCUCUACUACAAGUAGAUCCAAAUGAUGGCACAAUGGAAGACAAGAAAACAGAUCUUGAUGACAAGGCGAUGGACGUAGUGUCUAAUGCAAUUGCAGCUGUUGAUAGUCUCUGGCAUAUAAAGGAUAGAUUGUAUACUGCACUUCUUAAGUCACUUUCAGAUAAUGGAUCCUCCUCUGCAGAAGCAUCCCAUGAUUUGCUUAAAAAAUUGAAAAACCUAAGACAAGCUGUAAAUGAACUUCAUGUGAAGCACAGAACAUUGGCAGGUGCAUUGCAGAGUCAUAGAGAUGCUGAUGCAAAGAAUGAAGCUGAGCUCAAGUGUUUACGAGGCGAGUUACAGAAGACGAUUGCAGAUUUGGAAGAGAAUAAUAGAAAAUUGGCAAUUCUAAAAGCAGAGAAAGAGGCCACGAAGGGGACAUUCUUCCCAGCCCUGAAUGUUGUUAAUAAACAUGUAGCUGGUGACAAAGUCAAAGAUAAACAUAAAGAUAUAAAAGACAUGGAGUCAACCCUAAAAGAGUUGUUGGACCAGUCAUCUUUUCGGUUAUUUGAACUCAAUCAUCUUCACCAAGAAAGGAUUGAAAUAUUGAAGGAAUUGUGUAAUUUGCAGAACAUGUUAAAGAAUGUGAAGACCAUAUGCUCUAGUCAUGCUUAUGUCAUGGUCAAAGAGCAACUUUUGAAGGCUAAGGCAGAUUUAGCUCAGUAUCAAUCAAUGUAUAAGAAAAUACAGGUUGAGAAGGACAAUCUUUCUUGGAAAGAAAAAGAGAUGAGUUUGAAAAAUGAUGUACUUGAUGCUUUGCAUCGAUCCUCAGCUGUUGCUGAUUCCAGAAUUAAAGAGCUUGAAAUGGAGAUACAGAAACACAAACAUGAAAGAAGUCUAAUUGAGGCAAGACUGGAAGAAGCAACUAGAGAACCUGGUAGGAAAGAAAUAAUUUCCGAAUUUAGAACUUUGGUUUCUUCAUUUCCAGAAGAAAUGGGUAGCAUGCAGAGUCAAUUAAGCAAAUACAAAGAAACUGCUGCAAAUGUACAUUAUUUGCGUGCUGAUGUUCAGUCUCUUUCCAAUAUUCUUAACCAGAAGGUUAGCGAGUUGGAAAAAUUAUCCGCUCUUUCUGCUGCCCAGGAAACUGAAAUGCUGAAGUUGCGGGCUGUUGUUCAAGAUUUGAAGAAGAGUGAUAUGGAAUUGAAUCUUUUUCUAGAAAUGUUCAGGCUUGAAUCCCCCUUUUCCAGGGACGUUCUUGAAGCUAGGGACUCUGAGUACAAGGCUUGGGCUUCUGUUCAGAGAUUGAAAACUUCUCUUGAUGAGCACAAUUUGGAAUCUCGAGUAAAAACUGCAAUUGAAGCUGAGGCUGAAUCUCAACAAAAGCUAGCUGCCACUGAAGCUGAGAUUGCUGAGCUCAGACAGAAGUUGGAGGCUUCUAAAAGGGAGAAAUCCAGAAUUUCAGAAGCCUUGAGAUCAAAACAUGAGGAGACUGAGGCCUACCUGUCUGAAAUUGAGACUAUUGGGCAAGCCUAUGAUGAUAUGCAAACUCAAAAUCAACAACUUUUGCAGCAGAUAACUGAGAGGGAUGACUAUAACAUUAAGCUUGUUAUGGAGGGAAUUAAGGCAAGACAGCAGCAGAGUUCUUCAACGUUGGAAAAUCAGUCACUGGAGAAAGCAAUUCAAGAAACCAAAGCAACUUGCAGCUUCUAUGAGCUGAAAACUGCCAAAAUCGAUGACCAGUUAAGAGCAUGCUCAGACCAAGUCCAGAGACUUGGAGAGGAUAGAGUUCAAACUAGAGCUACUCUGGAAAGCACCAAUAAGAGAUUAUUAGAUGUGAAAAAAGCAUCCCAGCAGCAACGAGAGGCGCUUGAAGAACUACAGACCAAGGUUGAUAAAAGUCGAGUGCAUCUAUCUGAUCUGCAGAUAGAUCUAGAGAAAGAAAGGUUUGAAAGAAAAAGGGCAGAAGAGGAUGUAGAAGCUCUAAGGAGAAAGACAACACGUCUAAGGUCACAAAUUGAGGAGUCAUCUGAAAUCGAAAAGCAUCGGCAGACACUAACGGAGUACAAAGAAAUACUCAACUGUGGUGUGUGUCAUGACAGGAGAAAGGAGGUUGUCAUCACAAAAUGCUACCAUCUGUUCUGCAAUCCUUGCAUCCUAAAAGUUAUUGAAUCACGUCAUCGUAAAUGCCCAUUUUGUGGUGCAAGCUUUGCGGCUACUGACGUGAAGCCUGUUUACAUAUGAUAGCUAGAUUUUGCUGCAUGUGAUCCCUCUUUGCCAAAGAUUAUGGACUUUGGUAGGAUAAAGAUUUGUGGCCAAAGAUUUUUAUGUACAUUAUAACUUGUUAUGGGGUAUGUUGCCUUUUGUUAAAUAUGUGCAGAAGUGAGAGGCAUUAGGUGAGCAUUAAUGCAUUGGGGACGUAAGGUCUUUUAGGACGUAGGUUUUUAACUUUGAAGGGUAAGGUCUUUAUACAAUACAAAGAGUAACAUAAUGAGUAAUAAUAUAUCUUCAUCAUUUCAAUAAACUUUUAUUGGUUUGUAAAUACGUUUCAUAUAUCAAGAAAUUGACCAAGUACCCC